AUACACUCCAAACCAAAAUAGAACUAUGAUAGUAUCAUAGAAACUAAUAAUUCCCCCACACUCUUCUUUGUUUUUCUCCCACUCAAUUUCAUAUACAUCACAUAUAUAUAGUGAAAAGUCACACACAUAUAUAAACGCAACAAAACAACUGUCUCUUCACCCUCUUCAAAACUAUUAAAUUAUUUCCUCCAUUUUAACUGUCUCCUUUCUUAUUCUUCUUUUCUUUGCUUUUCUUUUGGUCAUUAUUUUAUUUCCUUCCAUUAUGGAAGAUGAACAUGUUCAUAUAAUAAAAGACUCAAACUAUGAUGAGGUGGAAUCCGUUGGAGAAGAAGAAGAAGAAGCACUUUCACUUUGUGAUCUUCCACUUAACGAAAAUUCAUCAGAAAGCUUAGAAGACAAGUUGUUUAGCAUAAACAAUAUUCAACGACCAACGUCAUUACCAGAAUCCAACGAGUUCUUCAACGGUUUCAGCAGUAGCAGCAGCUCCGAUAUGUGUCCUGCAGACGACAUCAUUUUCUGCGGCAAACUUAUGCCAUUUAAAGAAAUAUUUAACGAUCAACGCAACGAAAAUCUCAACGUGGAAUCGAACAAAUCACGUAAAAAUCGACGAAGAUCGGAGUCUGUUUCGUUGAUGAUUCGAUCAAACAGUAUCAGUGGCGGUGGUUCUAAUCAUCUCAUGAUGAGGAAUAGCAGGUCACUUAAUUACUGUAAAUUGAGAGAGUAUUCUUCAAGUUUUCCUAUCUCAAAGGUGCCGGAAGUUGAUCGGAAUUCUUCUAUAAGGAGCGCUGCAUCGAUGGAAGGUGUGGCGAAGAAGGCAAUGAAACCACGCUGGUAUUCUCUUAUGUUUGGGAAGAUGAAGAAUCCGCCGGAAAUGGAACUCAAUGAUAUUAAAAACCGUCAGGUUCGCCGGAAUCCAUCGAAAAGUAUGUUUCCGGCUUCGGAAACAAGUGGAAAUUUGAACUUGAAUCGGAGCUCCGGUAAGGUGUCGUGGAAAAUACUUAAAGCACUGAGUUGCAAGGAUCAUAACAGUGUCGCCGUAACGACGACAUUUUCUUUGCCUCAAACAUCAUCUUAAUUUAGAAAUUGGAUGUCUUGGCAAUUUACCGCAUUCACAAAGUCGGAACAUCUUUACUAAGGUUUAAAUUUUAAUGUAGAUUUUGUUUUAUUUUUAAUUUUAAUACAAAAAUGUUGAGUUUGAAUUUGAUUUUGAUCCAAGGAUUAUUAAAUGUUUUGAAUGUUUGUA